AACAGAAACUGCACGAAACAACUUUCCUACGGAAAAAUAGAGUGAAAAAUGGAGUUACCAGUGAAAAAUGGAGAAGCGGAACUGCUUCGGAGAUGCUGAAACUUUUACUCAACCCAAACCGACCAAGCUGCUGCGGCCGAGCCAUUAAGCAUUUCUACUGACUACGUCAAUAAAUGAAGCGCGUAUCGUAUUUCCUACAUUGGUGACCGGCCGACGAGUACACGGGAUUCAGCACGCGAUAACGUUUGACAUUUGCAAUUGAACGCGGAACUUUGAAGGAGGAAAAUCGAAACCAGUGAAGGAAUCCUUGCCACGAAAUCAGUGUACCAACGGAGCGCAAACCGCUUGUGAUACCGGCAAACUCAUCUAUUUCGUUGGUCAUCCGUAGUGCUCAAAGUCCGUGGGAACACGAGACCGAGAUGAAUAGUUCAAUACUUCGCGAUGCUUUUCAAGUGCUGACCAGUGAAGCGAAAGAUUUGUUUCUUCCUGCCAGCAUACCGGAAACUUUCGGUAUUCCAACAUCGUUGGAGUUUGUACGGGACUAUGUUGCCAAGAACAUACCGCUUGUAAUGCGUGAAUCCAUCACCGAUUGGCCAGCGCUAGAGAAAUGGAAUUCGAAGUUCUUCCGAGAAACUAUCCCCGACAAAGAAGUAACAGUAGCAGUAACUCCCAACGGUUAUGCAGAUGGAUUGGCCUUGCACGACUCGGAAGAACACUUUGUGCUCCCAAUGGAGCAAACGAUGCGCAUGGCCGAUUUUCUGUCAGCGCUAGAUCGAAAGGACUCCGACAGUAUACUUUACAUACAACGACAAAAUUCCAACCUAACGGAGGACUUUGGCGACCUGUGGAAUGAUGUUUGUGAGACUAGUCUGGAAUUUGCUUCGGAUGCGUUUAACAAAAGCCCUGAUGCGGUCAAUUUCUGGAUGGGAGAUGAAAGGGCCAUCACAUCCAUGCAUAAAGAUCCGUAUGAAAACAUCUAUUGCGUGAUAUCGGGGUACAAGGACUUUAUCUUGAUUCCACCGAUUGAUUUGCACAACGUACCUAGAAAGCGGUACCCGAUGGGUAUUUAUAUGCAAGAAGGUGACAAUAAUCUCGUGGUGGAGCAAAUACUUGAUGAAAUCGGCAAACCGCGUCUUAUUGAAUGGGUUAGCGUAGACCCUCUGGCACCGGACCUGGAACGCUUUCCGUCGUUCGCGAACGCAACAACGUACGAAAUCCGACUCAACGCGGGUGAUAUUUUGUACUUGCCAAGCCUGUGGUAUCAUCACGUGCGCCAAAGUCACAAAUGCAUUGCCAUCAACUUUUGGUACGACAUGGAAUAUGAUGCCCGUUACUGUUUUUAUAAAAUGGUGGAGAAGCUGUGUAACUAUGGCCAAUAACGGGGGAAAUCUUGUUAUUCUGUCUGCCUGUUAAGCAAAUGACUAGAUGACGUUUUAGGGACCUAAUAAAAGAUACUUCUGUUCGUUGAAUAGCCUUCAUGUGCGAAUGCGCAAACACGGUUAAUUUUUGUCCAAAACAUUGUGUAUUUAGCGGAGGUAAAAAAAUAAAAUAUAUGCACAACACUACA